AUGACUAAAGAGCAGACACCAAGCCCAGUUGAAAAAUUGGACGAAGAGCUUACGGAAGGAACUAAGAAAGGAAUGUCAAAGGAGGUGACAAUUCCGAAGGAGGCCAUUGGUACUGAUACUCUAAAGGCGACGACACCUAGUCCAAUUGAAAUCGAUGAAAAAGUUCCACAUAAAGAAAUGCCGAAAGAGCAGACACCGAGCCCAGUUCAAAAAUUGGAAAACGAUCUUCCAGAAGAAACUAAGAAAGGCAUGUCAAAGGAGGUGACAAUUCCGAACGAGGCCAUUGGUACAGAUACUCUAAAGGAGACGACACCUAGUCCAAUUGAAAUCGAAGAAAAAGUUACACUUAAAGAAAUGCCAAAAGAGCGGACACCAAGCCCAGUUGAAAAAUUGGACGAAGAGCUUACAGAAGAAACUAAUAAAGACAUGUCAAAGGAGGUGACAAUUCCGAAGGAAGCUAUUGGUACUGAUACUCUAAGGGCGACGACACCUAGUCCAAUUGAAAUCGAUGAAAAAGUUACACAUAAAGAAAUGCCGAAAGAGCAGACACCAAGCCCAGUAGAAAAAUUGGACGAAGAGCUUACAGAAGAAACUAAGAAAGACAUGCCAAAGGAGGUGACAAUUCCGAAGGAGGCCAUUGGUACUGAUACUCUAAAGGCGACGACACCUAGUCCAAUUGAAAUCGAUGAAAAAGUUCCACUUAAAGAUAUGCCGAAAGAGCAGACACCAAGCCCAGUAGAAAAAUUGGACAAAGAGCUUACGGAAGAAACUAAGAAAGAAAUGCCAAAGGAGGUGACAAUUCCGAAGGAGGCCAUUGGUACUGAUACUUUAAAGGCGACGACACCUAGUCCAAUUGAAAUUGAAGAAAAAGUUACACUUAUUAAAAAAUUGGACAAAGAGCUUACAGAAGAAACUAAGAAAGAAAUGCCAAAGGAGGUGACAAUUCCGAAGGAGGCCAUUGGUACAGAUACUUUAAAGGCGACGACACCUAGUCCAAUUGAAAUUGAAGAAAAAGUUACACUUAAAGAAAUGCCAAAAGAGCAUACACCAAGCCCAGUUGAAAAAUUGGACGAAGAGCUUACAGAAGAAACGAAGAAAGGCAUGUCAAAGGAGGUGACAAUUCCGAAGGAGGCCAUUGGUACUGAUACUCUAAAGGAGACGACACCUAGUCCAAUUGAAAUCGAAGAAAAAGUUCCACAUAAAGAAAUGCCGAAAGAGCAGACACCAAGCCCAGUUGAAAAAUUGGACGAAGAGCUUACAGAAGAAACUAAUAAAGGCAUGUCAAAAGAGGUGACAAUUCCGAAGGAGGCCAUUGGUACUGAUACUCUAAAAGAGACGACACCUAGUCCAAUUGAAAUCGAAGAAAAAGUUACACUUAAAGAAAUGCCAAAAGAGCGGACACCAAGCCCAGUUGAAAAAUUGGACGAAGAGCUUAAAGAAGGAACUAAGAAAGACAUGUCAAAGGAGGUGACAAUUCCGAAAGAAGCUAUUAGUACUGAUACUCUAAGGGCGACGACACCUAGUCCAAUUGAAAUCGAAGAAAAAGUUCCACAUAAAGAAAUGCCGAAAGAGCGGACACCAAGCCCAGUUGAAAAAUUGGACGAAGAGCUUACAGAAGGAACUAAGAAAGGCAUGUCAAAGGAGGUGACAAUUCCGAAGGAUGCCAUUUGUACUGAUACUCUAACGGAGACGACACCUAGUCCAAUUGAAAUCGAAGAAAAAGUUCCACAUAAAGAAAUGCCGAAAGAGCAGACACCAAGCCCAGUUGAAAAAUUGGACGAAGAGCUUACAGAAGAAACUAAGAAAGGCAUGUCAAGGGAGGUGACAAUUCCGAAGGAGGCCAUUGGUACUGAUACUCUAAAGGAGACGACACCUAGUCCAAUUGAAAUCGAAGAAAAAGUUACACUUAAAGAAAUGCCAAAAGAGCAGACACCAAGCCCAGUAGAAAAAUUGGACAAAGAGCUUACAGAAGAAACUAAGAAAGAAAUGCCAAAGGAGGUGACAAUUCCGAAGGAGGCCAUUGGUACUGAUACUCUAAAGGAGACGACACCUAGUCCAAUUGAAAUCGAAGAAAAAGUUACACUUAAAGAAAUGCCAAAAGAGCAGACACCAAGCCCAGUAGAAAAAUUGGACAAAGAGCUUACGGAAGAAACUAAGAAAGAAAUGCCAAAGGAGGUGACAAUUCCGAAGGAGGCCAUUGGUACUGAUACUUUAAAGGCGACGACACCUAGUCCAAUUGAAAUUGAAGAAAAAGUUACACUUAUUAAAAAAUUGGACAAAGAGCUUACAGAAGAAACUAAGAAAGAAAUGCCAAAGGAGGUGACAAUUCCGAAGGAGGCCAUUGGUACAGAUACUUUAAAGGCGACGACACCUAGUCCAAUUGAAAUUGAAGAAAAAGUUACACUUAAAGAAAUGCCAAAGGAGCAUACACCAAGCCCAGUUGAAAAAUUGGACGAAGAGCUUACAGAAGAAACGAAGAAAGGCAUGUCAAAGGAGGUGACAAUUCCGAAGGAGGCCAUUGGUACUGAUACUCUAAAGGAGAUGACACCUAGUCCAAUUGAAAUCGAAGAAAAAGUUACACAUAAAGAAAUGACUAAAGAGAAGACACCAAGCCCAGUUGAAAAAUUGGACAAAGAACUUACGGAAGGAACUAAGAAAGAAAUGCCAAAGGAGGUGACAAUUCCGAAAGAAACCAUUAGUACUGAUACUCUAAAGGCGACGACACCUAGUCCAAUUGAAAUUGAUGAAAAAGUUCCACAUAAAGAAAUGCCGAAAGAGCAGACACCAAGCCCAGUUGAAAAAUUGGACAAAGAGCUUACAGAAGAAACUAAGAAAGGCAUGUCAAAGGAGGUGACAAUUCCGAAGGAGGCCAUUGGUACAGAUACUUUAAAGGCGACGACACCUAGUCCAAUUGAAAUUGAAGAAAAAGUUACACUUAAAGAAAUGCCAAAAGAGCAGACACCAAGCCCAGUUGAAAAAUUGGACGAAGAGCUUAAAGAAGGAACUAAGAAAGACAUGUCAAAGGAGGUGACAAUUCCGAAAGAAGCUAUUAGUACUGAUACUCUAAGGGCGACGACACCUAGUCCAAUUGAAAUUGAUGAAAAAGUUCCACAUAAAGAAAUGCCGAAAGAGCAGACACCAAGCCCAGUUGAAAAAUUGGACGAAGAGCUUAAAGAAGAAACUAAGAAAGACAUGUCAAAGGAGGUGACAAUUCCGAAAGAAGCCAUUAGUACUGAUACUCUAAAGGCGACAACACCUAGUCCAAUUGAAAUUGAUGAAAAAGUUCCACAUAAAGAUAUGCCGAAAGAGCAGACACCAAGCCCAGUAGAAAAAUUGGACAAAGAGCUUACGGAAGAAACUAAGAAAGAAAUGCCAAAGGAGGUGACAAUUCCAAAGGAGGCCAUUGGUACUGAUACUUUAAAGGCGACGACACCUAGUCCAAUUGAAAUUGAAGAAAAAGUUAUACUUAUUAAAAAAUUGGACAAAGAGCUUACAGAAGAAACUAAGAAAGAAAUGCCAAAGGAGGUGACAAUUCCGAAGGAGGCCAUUGGUACAGAUACUUUAAAGGCGACGACACCUAGUUCAAUUGAAAUUGAAGAAAAAGUUACACUUAAAGAAAUGCCAAAAGAGCAUACACCAAGCCCAGUUGAAAAAUUGGACGAAGAGCUUACAGAAGAAACGAAGAAAGGCAUGUCAAAGGAGGUGACAAUUCCGAAGGAGGCCAUUGGUACUGAUACUCUAAAGGAGACGACACCUAGUCCAAUUGAAAUCGAAGAAAAAGUUCCACAUAAAGAAAUUCCGAAAGAGCGGACACCAAGCCCAGUUGAAAAAUUGGACGAAGAGCUUACAGAAGAAACUAAUAAAGGCAUGUCAAAGGAGGUGACAAUUCCGAAGGAGGCCAUUGGUACUGAUACUCUAAAGGAGACGACACCUAGUCCAAUUGAAAUCGAAGAAAAAGUUACACUUAAAGAAAUGCCAAAAGAGCGGACACCAAGCCCAGUUGAAAAAUUGGACGAAGAGCUUACAGAAGGAACUAAGAAAGGCAUGUCAAAGGAGGUGACAAUUCCGAAGGAGGCUAUUGGUACUGAUACUCUAAGGGCGACGACACCUAGUCCAAUUGAAAUCGAAGAAAAAGUUACACUUAAAGAAAUGCCGAAAGAGCAGACACCAAGCCCAGUUGAAAAAUUGGACGAAGAGCUUACAGAAGAAACUAAGAAAGGCAUGUCAAAGGAGGUGACAAUUCCGAAGGAGGCCAUUGGUACUGAUACUCUAAAGGAGAUGACACCUAGUCCAAUUGAAAUCGAAGAAAAAGUUACACAUAAAGAAAUGCCGAAAGAGCAGACACCAAGCCCAGUAGAAAAAUUGGACGAAGAGCUUACAGAAGAAACUAAGAAAGAAAUGCCAAAGGAGGUGACAAUUCCGAAAGAAGCCAUUGGUACUGAUACUCUAAGGGCGAUGACACCUAGUCCAAUUGAAAUCGAAGAAAAAGUUCCACAUAAAGAAAUGCCGAAAGAGCAGACACCAAGCCCAGUUGAAAAAUUGGACGAAGAGCUUACAGAAGAAACUAAGAAAGGCAUGUCAAAGGAGGUGACAAUUCCGAAGGAGGCCAUUGGUACUGAUACUCUAAGGGACACGACACCUAGUCCAAUUGAAAUCGAUGAAAAAGUUACACUUAAAGAUAUGCCGAAAGAGCAGACACCAAGCCCAGUAGAAAAAUUGGACAAAGAGCUUACGGAAGAAACUAAGAAAGAAAUGCCAAAGGAGGUGACAAUUCCGAAGGAGGCCAUUGGUACUGAUACUUUAAAGGCGACGACACCUAGUCCAAUUGAAAUUGAAGAAAAAGUUACACUUAUUAAAAAAUUGGACAAAGAGCUUACAGAAGAAACUAAGAAAGGCAUGCCAGAGGAGGUGACAAUUCCGAAGGAGGCCAUUGGUACAGAUACUUUAAAGGCGACGACACCUAGUCCAAUUGAAAUUGAAGAAAAAGUUACACUUAAAGAAAUGCCAAAGGAGCAUACACCAAGCCCAGUUGAAAAAUUGGACGAAGAGCUUACGGAAGAAACUAAGAAAGGAAUGCCAAAGGAGAAGAAGGGACAAGUUAAAAAAUUGGACGAAGAGCUUAAAGAAGAAACUAAGAAAGAAAUGCCAAAGGAGGUGACAAUUCCGAAGGAGGCCAUUGGUACAGAUACUUUAAAGGCGACGACACCUAGUCCAAUUGAAAUUGAAGAAAAAGUUACACAUAAAGAAAUUCCGAAGGAGCGGACACCAAGCCCAGUUGAAAAAUUGGACGAAGAGCUUACAGAAGAAACUAAUAAAGGCAUGUCAAAGGAGGUGACAAUUCCGAAGGAGGCCAUUGGUACUGAUACUUUAAAGGCGACGACACCUAGUCCAAUUGAAAUUGAAGAAAAAGUUACACUUAUUAAAAAAUUGGACGAAGAGCUUACAGAAGAAACUAAGAAAGGCGUGUCAGAGGAGGUGACAAUUCCGAAGGAGGCCAUUGGUACUGAUACUCUAAAGGCGAUGACACCUAGUCCAAUUGAAAUCGAAGAAAAAGUUACACUUAAAGAAAUGCCGAAAGAGCAGACACCAAGCCCAGUUGAAAAAUUGGACAAAGAGCUUAAAGAAGGAACUAAGAAAGACAUGUCAAAGGAGGUGACAAUUCCGAAAGAAGCUAUUAGUACUGAUACUCUAAGGGCGACGACACCUAGUCCAAUUGAAAUUGAUGAAAAAGUUCCACAUAAAGAAAUGCCGAAAGAGCAGACACCAAGCCCAGUAGAAAAAUUGGACAAAGAGCUUACGGAAGAAACUAUGAAAGAAAUGCCAAAGGAGGUGACGAUUCCGAAGGAGGCCAUUGGUACUGAUACUUUAAAGGCGAAGACACCUAGUCCAAUUGAAAUUGAAGAAAAAGUUACAAUUAAAGAAUUGCCAAAAGAGCAGACACCAAGCUCAGUUAAAACAUUGGACAAAGAGCUUACAGAAGAAACUAAGAAAGAAAUGCCAAAGGAGGUGACAAUUCCGAAGGAGGCCAUUGGUACUGAUACUCUAAAGGCGACGACACCUAGUCCAAUUGAAAUUGAUGAAAAAGUUCCACAUAAAGAAAUGCCGAAAGAGCAGACACCAAGCCCAGUUGAAAAAUUGGACGAAGAGCUUAAAGAAGGAACUAAGAAAGUAAUGUCAAAGGAGGUGACAAUUCCGAAGGAGGCCAUUGGUACUGAUACUCUAAAGGCGACGACACCUAGUCCAAUUGAAAUUGAUGAAAAAGUUACACUUAAAGGAAUGCCAAAAGGGCAUACACCAAGUCCCGUUGCAAUUUCGGACAAAGAGCUUCCAAAAGAAAUGCCAAGGGAGACGACAAUUGUGAAGGAGGCCAUUGUCACUGAUACUCUAAAGGCGACGACACCUAGUCCAAUUGAAAUUGAAGAAAAAGUUAUACUUAAAGAAAUGCCGAAAGAGCGGACACAAAGCCCAGUUGAAAAAUUGGACAAAGAGCUUACAGAAGGAACUAAGAAAGAAAUGCCAGAGAAGGUGACAAUUCCUAAGGAGGCCAUUGGUACUGAUACUCCAAUGGUGACGACACCUAUUCCAAUUGAAAUUGAUGAAAAAAUUCUACUUAAAGAAAUGCCGAAAGAGCAGAAACCAAGCCCAAUUGAAAAAUUGGACGAAGAGAUUAAAGAACGAACUAAGAAAGAAAUGUCAGAGGAGGUGACAAUUCCGAAGGAGGCCAUUGGUACUGCUACUCUAAAAGCGACGAUACAUAGUCUAAUUGAAAUUGAUGAAAAAGUUCCACUUAAAGAAAUGCCGAAAGAGCAGACACCAAGCCCAGUUGAAAAACUGGACAAAGAGCUUACAGAAGGAACUAAGAAAGAAAUGCCAAAGAAGGUGACGAUUCCGAAGGAGGCCAUUGUUACUGUUUCUCUAAAGGCGACGUCACAUAGUCCAAUUGAAAUUGAUGAAAAAGUUCCACUUAAAGAAAUGCCUAAAGAGCAGACACCAAGCCCAGUUGAAAAAUUGGACAAAGAGCUUACAGAAGAAACUAAGAAAGAAAUGCCAAAGGAGGUGACAAUUCCGAAGGAGGCCAUUGGUACUGAUAUUCUAAAGGCGACGACAGCUAGUCCAAUUGAAAUUGAUGAAAAAGUUCCACUUAAAGAAAUACCGAAAGAGCAGACAGCAAGCCCUGUUGAAAUUUCGGACAAAGAGCUUACAGAAGAAACUAAGAAAGAAAAUGCCAAAGGAGGUGACAAUUCCGAAGGAGGCCAUUGGUACUGA